AAUUACACAUUUCACGAAGGGACUUUUCAUUUUCACCUGACGUGGUUGUGACACCGGAAAAGGAACAAAAGUCGGUUUAUUUCCCGCGAACUUUGCCUCGUUACCAUAGCAAUGGAGGGAAGCGAGUGGAUUUUCAUACUUUUUCAGGCACACGCUCGUGGAUAUCUGAUGAGAAAGGAGAUCAACUGCGCACGUUCAGAGUUUGAGGACAUUGUGAGAGAUAUCGAUGGAGAAGUGAACCAUUUAGAUUGGAAGGGGAACAUUAUUGCCAUUCCUCACUUCAAAGACGAUGGCCCAUCUGGUAUCUUCACCAAAAAACAUGCGGAAGAAGCACCAGACGGGGGAAGCCAUCCUCUGGAGCAGCCAGGGGAGAGAGAAGGGGCACAGCUUAUGUCUGAUAGGCUAGAACCAGAGAGAGAUGACCCCUACAGCCAUGGACAGGCAUCCAUCUCCAGGGGCUCCUCCAGUCCUUCUUCUUGUCCACCUGGGGGUGAGGGGGAGACUCAGAAAGGUUCCCAGCAGUGGUGUAGUCUGGCCCAGGACGAGCCCCAUACCCCUGAAGCCUUGCAGCUACACAGGAACACUUUGGCCAUGGAGAUGCUAUGGCUUCAACAAGCUAUUGCCAGCCGUAAAAAAUACCUGUCACUGAAAGAGAGACUGAAUAUUUCCUAAUGGCAGAGGACCAAGGAGAGGCUGUUUCUCUAAACUGGACAUUGAUCUGAAGGACUGAAUCUUUCCCCAUGUUGAUAAAUGAAAUUAUGUUACGAUAUAUAAAUAAUCAUAUACCAAAUAAAUGAAUCUAGCUAUCCCACACUGGGAGGGGUAUAAUUAAAUGUAUACUUUUUAGGGGGGGUAUUUAUUCAAGAUGUGUAUGAGUGGCACAGAGUGAAUGUUUGGGGAAAACAUAUUAUGAAUAACGUUUAUGUUUGUAACUAUCCAGUGAUGACGUGGUCAAAUAUAUUAUAGCUAUGUUUUUUUAAAUAAUAAUACUUAUGUUGUUGCUGUCAGUGCUAUAUGUGAUGUUUCUUCACGUCACUGCUAUCGUCUUCAUCGUUCCAUAUAACUAUGGUGAUCUCCAUUGUUUUCAAAUAAGUUAUGGGAGAGAUUCAAGGGAAUUCCUGCUGCCUUUAGUUUAUCUCAGGUGAUCCACACAAGCUCGUAUUUCCCAUUGAGACCACAUACUCAAUACAAUCAUUAAAGUGCAGUUAUACAAUUCAA